AUGUCGUCCGCAACAAGUCAGGUAACCCUUCAUCCUUAUUCAAAAAGGCCCCUGGAGCAUUAUCAACAAGUUCUGUUUCAAAAUGAACGUACUCUCUUCUGAUGUCUGGGAAUAUUUUUGCAAAAAGUUGUCGAAUGAUGAGCAGAGCAAUGUAGAAGAACAAACAGAAGUGUAUUCGAUGAUCGAAUGGAUUGCUCAGGUCGAGGAGAUGCAUUCAAAACCGAUCUACGGUAACAGUGUCCGAUCUACGGUAACAGAUCGUGAUGACAAAGAAGUAAUGAUCAGAAUUCCAUUGAUGACUCAAGUAUUCGAAGUUGUGAUGAAGAAAUCAACUGGUUUUCCAGAAGAAGCACCCAAUUUUAGUGGAAUUUUCACUGAAGGAUUUAAUUCUUACGAAUGGAAUUCUCAAAGUACUCUGUGGGAAUUAGCUGAAAGUGUUACGGACUUUUUGACUACUAUAGAUGCAGCUAUUCUUGAAAUCAAAGAAGUGGAUAUAGACGGCUUUCAAAUUAUUUCGCUAGAAAUAGAUGAAGAAGAGAAUGGGCAUCUCUUAGUUCGACUGAAGUCGUUUAAAUAUAACGAAACAUUAACAAUUUCUUUGAAUGUCGAGGAUUUCCGAGGUUUUCCUCGGUUUCUCCGCUGCUCGAAUCCGUCAAGAAUGGCAAGCUUCGAUUGUGAAAAAUGGAUUGCCGAAGAUAAAUUGGGAACCAAUCUGCGAAGAAUUUAUGGCGAAUUGGAGGCAGCCCCCCUUUCGGAAAAGCAAUUUGACAAUAAAUCGAAAGAUUCAUUGGAGGAAGUUGAAGAAAUUAUGGAUUUUAUCUAGAAAAAUAAAUAAUUUAUGU